GCACAUGUAUAGUACAUGCAUGGGAUCAAAGCUCCCUAUAUAAACUACCGGACUCUGUGUGGGUUCAAACACAUUUCAAAGCUUCGGUAUCCUGACAAGUUUCAUUCUCCUUCCUGACAUUCCGAGUCAGGUAAUAAUCAAAUUAUGGUUCUCCUGAGAUCCAGGAGACAAAUGGGAAAGCUUCACCAUCCCAAGAACUGGCCCUGCACAGCAAUGCUCUCUCUUCUCUUUAUUCCAAGUAUCUCUAAAGGGGUACAUGUGACUCAACCAGAAGUGGUCUUGGCCAACAGCAGAGGGGUUGCCAGCUUUGUGUGUAAAUAUGAAUUGACAAACAAAACCAAAGAGGUCCGAGUGGGGCUUCUUCGACAGAUGGACAACCAGAUGGUUGAAGUCUGUGCCUCAACAUAUCUGGUACAGGAUCAACCAGUGUUCAUGGAUGACAUGCUUGAGUGUACGGGACAUGUCAAUGGGAGUAAAGUGACGCUCACUCUCACCGGGCUAAAGGCCUCAGACAGUGGACUAUACAUCUGCAAAGUGGAACUCAUGUAUCCUCCACCCUACUACAUGGGUUUGGGCAAUGGAACACAAAUAUAUGUAAUUGAUGCUGAACCUUGUCCAGACUUUGAAGUCAUGCUUUGGAUUCUGGCCAUAGUGAGCUCUGCGUUAUUUUUUUAUAGUUUCCUCAUCACAGCCGUUUCCUUGAAUAAAAUGUUACAGAAAAGGAGCCUUCUCACUACAGGAGUCUAUGUGAAAAUGCCUCCAACAGAACCUGAACAUGAGAAGCAAUUUCAACCAUAUUUUAUUCCCAUCAACUGAGAAAAUGAAGUGGUGGAUAGAAAGAUGGUUUUCCAAUUGCAAGAGUCACUGAAAUCUUCACUUUCAUUGUAAUGUGCUUAAAAAAAAACAAAACAUUUUUUGAAGGUGGGAGGGUAGAGGGUGGGUUUAAAUAUGGGAGGAUGAAAACAAACAAACUUCUAAUUAAAAUGUAGUUGAGUGGAUUGCCCUGGCUGGGUAUUUGGAAAAUUAAAACCCAAAGAGUAGAAGGUCAGGAAAGAGAAUGUUUCUGAUAUCUUGAGGCAAUAUAAACAAAAACAAGAAUAUCUUAAAAUAUAGAAUGGCAGACCCAGGUUAGGGCAAUGUAUUAAGGAGGGAGGAAAGGAUUUCUGUUCAACCUUAUAUUUUAAAUGUGAUAAACAUAUCUGAACAAAAUUAUCUU